ACAGAGUUACUGAGCCUGUGAAUCAACUGAUAACAUUUCUUGCUCCCACUGUAUUUUUUAUUUUUUAUUUUCAAUUUUCCAGGACCAGCAUGAACUGUCUAAUGGAGGAGGCGAGCAAGAUGGAGAAAAUCAAAUUCCAGCACAUUGUCACCAUCUACGGGGUGUGCAACAACCCUCUGGGGAUAGUGAUGGAAUAUAUGGCCAGGGGCUCCUUGGAGAGAAUCCUCCCCACCCACAGGAUGUCCUGGCAGCUGAAAUUCCGGGUGAUCCAUGAGAUGGGCCUGGCCAUGAAUUUCCUGCACAGCAUGAGCCCUCCUCUGCUGCACUUGGACCUGAAGCCAGGGAACGUCCUCCUGGACGGGAACAUGCACGUCAAGAUCUCGGACUUUGGGCUGUCCAAGUGGAUGGAGCAAUCCAGCAGGAUGCAGUACAUCGAGAGCUCAGCUCUGAGGGGCACGCUGAGCUACAUCCCCCCCGAAAUGUUCCUGCAGAACAGCAAACCCCCGGGGAUCAAGUAUGAUGUGUACAGCUUCGGGAUCGUCAUCUGGGAGGUCCUCAUGCAGAAAAAGCCUUACGCAGGGGCCAACAUGAUGGCCAUCCUCGUGAAGGUGGCAGCGGGGAAGAGGCCGGGGCUGGAGCUCGUCAGGGACGACUGGCCCGGGGAGUGCCACCAGAUGGUCGACCUGAUGAAGAGGUGCUGGGACCAGGACCCCAAGCAAAGGCCAAGCUUUGCAGAUAUCCCUGUGGAGACGGACGUGCUGCUGGCUCUGAUCCAGAGCCUGGUGCAGGACCCGGAGAACGAGCGCCUGGUCAGGAAGAUGUCCCACAAACCGGCCAUCUCCAGGAGCCAGCCGAGUGACAAAGAGGAGAUCGCCUUCCCCCAAGACACCAGGAGUGGGGGAAAGGACAACCAGGAGGUUCCUCUGGCACCUCCACACGGGGCGGCCGGGAGCCCCGAGGAGCUGGCGCCCGAGGAGCUGGGCAGGGUGCAGGAGAACGGCCUGACCCUGCUGCACCUGCAGGUCCUGCAGGGCAACGUGGGCAAGGUGCGCUUCCUGCUGGGCCGCGGGGCCGGCGUCAACCGCGCGGCGGGCGGCGGCUGCACCCCGCUGCUGCUGGCCGUGCAGCGCCGGCUGCCCGAGAUCUGCGCCCUCCUCAUCGAGCACGGCGCCGACGUCAACGCGGCCGACGAGGACGGCUGGAGCCCGCUGCACUUCGCGGCCCAGCACGGCGACGACCGCGCCGUGCGGCUGCUGCUGGACCACCAGGCCCGCGUGGACGCCCAGGAGCGCGACGGGUGGACCCCGCUGCACCUGGCGGCCCAGAACAACUUUGAGAACGUGGCGAGGGUGCUGCUGUCCCGCCAGGCCGACUCCAACAUGCAGGAGGUGGAUGGCAAGACCGCCCUGCACGUGGCCGCGUGCUUCGGGCACGUCGGCCUGGUCAAGCUGCUGGCCAGCCAGGGAGCCGACCUGGAGAGGAAGCAGAAGAACCUCAGGACGCCGCUGCACGUGGCCGUGGAGAGGGGCAAGUUCAGAGUGGUGCAGUAUCUGCUGAAGAACGGCAUCUCCAUCAACAGCCUGGACCAGAACCACUACAGCGCCCUGCACCUGGCCGUGGUCAGGGGCAAGUACCUGAUCUGCGAGAAACUCAUCAAAUACGGGGCCAACGUGGAGCUGAGGACGGACAAAGGCUGGACCCCGCUGCACCUGGCCUCCUUCAAGGGGCACGUCGGGAUCAUCCGGCUGCUGAAGGGCAGCCACGCCCGGCUGGACGCCAAGGGCGGCAUGGACUGGACGCCGCUGCACCUGGCCACGCGCUACGGGGACGAGCCGGCGGUCAGCGAGCUGCUGCGCUGCGGGGCCGACCCCAACACGGCCGAGAGGGCCCACUGGGCCCCCCUGCACUUCGCCGUGCUCAGGGGCUCCUUCCUCAGCGUCAUCCACCUCCUGGAGUGCCAGGCCGACGUCAACGCCAGGAACAAGGUGGGCCGGACCCCGCUGCACCUGGCGGUGCUGAAGGGCAACAUGGCCAUCAUCAAGACCCUGCUGAAGGCGGGGGCCCUGCUGGACGUGGAGGACAUCACGGGGUGCACGGCGCUGCAGCUGGCUGUCCGGCACCAGCGGGAGAGCAUCAUCGCCCUGCUCCAGGGCAAGGAGGCUGCGGGCAGCAAACCCGCCAGCAGGACUCUGAACGACGUGACCAUCCCCAGAGCCAGGCUUAUCCCAGGAAGGACAGAUUUGUGAAUUUGUCAGCUCUGCAGUUUGCAGCUUGAGCUUUCCCACAUCAGCUGUGAUGCCUUAAAGCUCCUUGUCGUGUCACCUGCUGAUUACAGGAAAAUUUCUCCCCUUUUUAAAUGGCAGUUUUUAAGCGUGAACACUAAGAGAGCAAAAGGAAAUGAAGCUAUUUGAUAAGUUCUUUUCCAAGCUUGUAGAACAUUUUGGCUCGGUGAUACUUUAGGCAGUGCUUUCCCACUGAAUCCUUCCCGAGCAGGGAUUUAUGCACCCUCUGUUCAUGCAGGCAGUGCUGAAGCUGUGCACAGCACACACACACAUCUUCCACGGCUUUUAUUGCUUUCAUUCCAUGUUUUCCUACAGAGAAAAUUGGUGUAAAAUGGCCCUGGCACAGGUGGGAAUUGAAUCGUGAGAUUCUCACCUGCUGCUGGCACAGCAAUGUGUCAGAUUUCCUGACAUCUCCUUUCUGUAACAAGAAUCAAAUAAAACAAGGCAGGGAGGAAAAAUCACUGCUAGAGAGUAUUGAAAUGGAUUCAGCACAGGGAACAGAAAUUCCAGAAUAAUCACACACAGGGUUUUGCUCCUUGCAGGUCAGGGUUUGAGUCGUGUCUCUGGGGGGAAAUAAUUCCUGGUUUCCUUCAGGGAGAUGUGGCAGAGCUCGAUCAGUCCUGUGAAAAACAUCUUCUUGGUGGAUUUAUUCCCUGGUGUGCAGCCCUGCUGUGGCUCCUGAGCGUCCCCAAACGUGCCUGCUGGGAGGGUGACUUGUCAUGGCCUUGAGCUGGGAGGAGGCUGAAAUAGAAACAAACAACCCCAGCUCUGCAGGGAGCUGUUAGUGCCUGAUAAUGUGAGAUUAAAUGGGUUAAAAAGAGGGGUUAAAAUGCCCAACCUCUACUAAUGUGGUUUUCAUUUUAUAUUAACUUAAGGUAUUGAUGGGUAUUGUAUUUAAACCCAGUUUUUCAUGAUGCUUUGGCCCCAGAGCCUUUAGAAAUCGUUUAAAAUAAAUUGUAAUUAAAUGAUUCAUUUUUAACAUUUGCCAUUGGUGAGGGUGGGGAGCUGGGCAGGUUAUGAAAUGAAAUGCUGGUGACAUUUUGGGUUGCAGGGAGUGUAAAAAAUGGACUUUUUCU